CGGGUGGUGGAGGGGAGUGGCCCUCCUUCGCGGCUCCUGGUUCCCGGCCACCGAGGUAUGGACUGCAGCGAAAAGGGGUCCGGGCUGCUGGCCCUUGGGGGCGACGUCGAUCACGGCUUCAGCAACGAGCGCGCCGCGCUGGAGGAGCUGCAAGGCCACCGUAACAUCGUAACGUUAUACAGUAUGUUCACCAACUGUUCUUCUGCCAAAGGUUCAUCGUAUUGCCUUUUAUUAGAGUUGCUGGAUAUCAGUGUGUCAGAGUUGCUUGUUCAUUCAGCGUGGCUGUUCUAUGUGAUCACUCAGCACUGUGCUGUCCUGGAAGCCUUGAUAUACCUCCACCAUAAAGGUUAUGUCCAUGCAGACCUGAAGCCAUGCAACAUUCUAUGGAGUGCAGAGGAAGAGUGCUUCAAGCUCAUAGAUUUUGGUCUUAGCUUCAAGGAGGGGAAUCAGGAUGUGAAAUACAUCCAAACUGAUGGAUACUGAGCACCUGAGGCUGAGCUACAGAACUGUCUAUCCAAGGCUGGAGUCCAUGGUGGAACUGAAUGUACUUCUGGUGUUGAUCUUUGGAGUCUUGGAAUAAUAUUACUGGAGAUGUUCUCAGAAAUGAAAUUGAAACAUAUUGUCCAAUCUCAGGAAUGCAGGGCAAAUAAUUCUGCCUUUAUUGAUCACAUUGUGAUAAAUUCUGCCAUCCCAGUCUAUCACCUCAGAGACCUCCUCAAAAGCAUGCUUCACGAUGACCAAGAAAAAAGAGCUACUGCUGCAAAGGCCUUGUGUAGUCCUUUCUUCAGCGUUCCUUUUGCUCCUCAUAUUGAAGAUUUCGUGAUGCUUCCCACUCCAGUGCUAAGAUUGCUAAAUAUUUUGAGUGAUGCUUUUCUUCAAAAUGAAGAAGAAUUUGAAGAUGUAGUGGAUGACAUAAGGGAAGAAUGUUCCAAAUAUGAACAAAUAGUUUCCUUAUUUGUUCCAAAGGAAAGUCCAGGAAAAGGACAUGUGAGUACCUGGAUAGUGGUGAUAAAUAUGCAUCAAUAUGAUAAAUCUUCAGAGUCAGUUAAACCUACAAAACAAUGGAAGCUAAUUACAUAGAAACAAAUGGUGAGAUUCAGGAAGAGAUAACAUAAAGAAAGGAUGUAAAGGAAAUAUGUAGGCAAAAAUAGCUGGGUCUUAGGAAGAAGAGAAGCCAUAAAAUAUAUAGGAAAUGGCUAGCCAGG